AUGUUUGCCGACAUACAAAAGACUCCAGCACCAGAUGAAAAUAUUCAGCAUAGAAUGAAAGUACUGAAAGAAAAUGUACACAAAUACAACAACCCUUUUUACUUACGAGCAUUUAACGUUCAAUCUUCGGAUGAACUCGGUGAAGAUAAAAGGUUAAAUUUCAAGAAAACAUAUAGAAAUGAAACAUUGUUUAAAGUUCAUUCAGAACCUAACCAAGAUGGAAACAAACCUACUUUUGUUUCUGCAGACGAUGGAACUACAAUGAGAUGGGGUCAUAAAGCUAAUCCAGAUAGGUGGUUCAUAAACUUACAACCACAAUUCCAAGAAGUUGUAGACGCAAUGGAAGUCAAUGGUGAACGAGACAUAGCUGGUAUUUUAAGCGCGGCUUUAAUGCCAUUGAAAGAUAUGAAAGAUGCAGAUAUUUUGGACCAGUAUGAAAUGAACAUGGCUGAUGGAAAUAUAACACCUGACGUUCUAGAACAUUUAUCUCAAAGAACUACACAGAACCAUAGAGAUGGUAUAUUUGGUGAAGAGUUUAGAAAGAAAGUUAGGGAGGGAGAAGGAAGAGAACCUAUUGUACAUGACCUUGCAAACGAAAGUUUACAAAAUGUCAUAAAAACUUACUUUGCAGACAAUGAACUGAGAAGGGAUGAAUAUUUAAGAAAACUCAAAUGGACAGUACCAAAUGAAAUGUUAGUAUUGAAAAACAUGUUCCAUGACAAAAUAAAACCAACUACAGAAAUAAACGACGCAAGACUGAAAGAUUGGGUAGAAGCUUUCCCAUUCACAAAAGAUAUAGUUGGUAACAUGGAAAGAAAACCAGAAUGGCUACAAAAACAUAUAUUUGGAAACGAGCUUAUUCCAUAUGGACAAGCUCUGUUUGAAGAGCUUGAACCAGAAACUCAGGAAAGAGUCAUGCAAACAAUACGCAAAGACUCAAAUACAAACUAUGACAAACUCUUUCUAGGAUAUAGGUUACCUGAGAUGGGCGACCAGAGCCAAAAGGCAAAAAGGACAUGGGAAAUUUGCAACAUACUAGAUGAACAUAAUGCAAAGAUGCAACAACUUCAAGCAGAGGGCAAUGAAGGAAAAAGAAGAGUUAAAAACUCAGUCAGGAAGAAAGUAAAGCUUGGUCCACGUGGGUUCUAUUAUGACAUAUAA